ACUCCGGGUGUAAGUGCAUCUGGUAUCGUAUGCAAAUAUAAGUAGUGACGUUAGAGAUCAUGUGGUUUUUGGCGUAGAUCCCCCUCUGAACGAGAUUUUUUUCCACUGUUGUCUUUAGGGUUCGGUAGAAUCGUUAGAAUUAAUCCUCGCAGUCUGUAUACCGUAGAAGAGAGUUACGUUUUGGAACCUCGGCGUCCCAGCGCGGCAGACACUGGGGACAGGUCAAGCUGUGAUGAAGUCUCAUAUGGUUCCCCAUUGGAGCUGACAUUUAAAGUCUGUAUCAAAGCUCCAUUUACAAAAACAAAACUGGGUGAAAAUCCUAAAAAAUCCACCACACACACACACACAUACACCCUUCAUAAACCAACAGAGUCUGAAACAAAGUUUCACACCAACACCUUACCAUGGCCAGCAGAAGGAAGUCAACUAUUCCAUGUAUGGUCCGUGCUACUGUAAUGGCAGAACAGGAUGACCCAGAUGAGAUGGAGAUCAUUGGAGACGCCUUGGUGGAAAACGGGUCUCCGAAGCUGUUGUCUAGUGAGGAUUGGACUUCAGGAAACGGGGCCCAAAGUAAGCAGAAGGAUGUAGAGCAGGACAAGCCAGCAGCAGAUACUCCACAGCCACGGAAGCCACAAGGAGGCUAUGAAUGUAAGUAUUGCCCUUACUCCACGCAGAACUUGAACGAGUUCACGGAACAUGUGGACUCGAACCAUCCCAACGUCAUUCUCAACCCUCUGUACGUGUGUGCAGAGUGCAGCUUCAACACAAAAAAAUAUGACACAUUGUCGGAACAUAAUAUGAAAUGUCAUCCCGGGGAGAGCAAUUUCAAGCUGAAGUUGAUCAAACGAAACAGCCAAACAAUUUUGGAGCAGACAAUUGAAGGCGCCAACAGUACUGCUGGUGUGAUCAGUGGUGAGAAUGCUACUCCUGCAAUCUCUGUGAGUAAAACACCAAUGAUGAAAAUGGGGAAGCCAAAAAUAGACACCAAACGUUUACCCAGGAAGGGAGAUGACCUACAGAAUCUGUCAGUGAGUUCGGAAAUGGUCACAGAUCCUAUUCCUACUAUAAAUGUCAACAGGACGGUUAUAAUCCCUGAAGCUUCAGUUCCAGAAGGGUUGACACACGUUAUGCCAUCUUUACAGCGGCCCCCCAAUUACAACUUGGUGCCCAAAAUUGCUGUCCCCCUGAACACUACCAAAUAUAACCCGUCAUUGGACGUUAACAUGAUCCUCAUUAAUUCAUUCAAUAAGUUUCCCUACCCAACACAGGCAGAGCUCUCCUGGCUGACAGCAGCCUCAAAACACCCUGAGGAGCAAAUAAGGGUCUGGUUCAUUGUCCAGCGACUAAAGCGUGGCAUCAGCUGGUCUCCUGAGGAGGUGGAAGAGGCCAGGAAGAAAAUGUUUAAUGGUACCAUCCAGCCCAUGACACAGACCUUAACAAUCUUGCCUGCGCAACUAGCCAGGAACACUAAAGUCUCACAGCCCCUUAUACAGACUCUUCCCUGCCAGAUCUUAGGACAGACCAGUUUGGUACUGACCCAGGUCGCCAAUGGAUCAACCAUGACUUACUCCCCCAUCACACUGACCGUAGCCGACCAAGUGCAGCCCCUCAAGCGGCCUUUGCCAGCUCCAGUCGUGACCCCUGAAGCAAAACGAGCAAGUGUCAGCCAUGUGGUUCAGUCUCACCCAAAUCCUGCUACGCCCAUCACGUCUCCUUCUAUGGACCGCAAGAAGACCAGGGAGCAGAUCUCGGAGCUUAAGGCCAGCUUCCUCAAGAGCCAGUUUCCAGAAGACAAAGAAGUCUACAGGCUUAUUGAGGCCACGGGCCUGUCAAGGGGGGAGAUCAAGAAGUGGUUUAGCGACCACCGCUAUCGGACUCAAAGGGGCAUUGUAAACAUCACCAGUGACUCUGUAGCCAAAGACAUGGCAGAAAGGUCCAGUCGACCUCAGAGCCCAUGCAUUCACACAGCACAGCAGAGGUUAAAAGUGAGUACCCCAGAGCAACUAAAGAUCCUGGAGGCCAACUUCCAGAAAACCAGCUUUCCAACACCGGUGGAGGUCGACCGUCUGAUGUUAGACACCAGCCUGUCCAGAAACGAGAUCGACAACUGGUUUUUGGAGAGUCGGAUAGUACGAGACAACAUAGAGCAAGCCCUGUUGAACUCCAUGGAUUCACAUAAGAAAGAGGAUCGGCAACAGCCAAGGGCACUCAACGGUACACACAGGCAAGGGGACCAGGUGAGGGCAUCUCCCCUACCCACUGUUGCCUCAAUCCCCCUAGAACAAAAAACACUGGAGCUUCUUAAAGGUGUUUUUGCACAGACUCGGUGGCCUUCUCCUGAGGAGUACGACGAAUUGGCGCUUAAGACGGGGCUGGCCCACACAGAAAUUGUCCGGUGGUUCAUGGAAAAUCGGUCCGCUCUUAAGAGUGGGAGCUUGAAGUGGAUGGAGCAGUACCAGAAACUGAAUGGAGAGGGCCAUAAUGGACAGAGCCAGACCACCCUGGUCUCCAAAAGUGGCCAUUCUGUCCUCCAGCAGCACUACCAGGAGUUUAAGGAGUUACGGGAGGAUGACCUGGAAAAGCUGGUGGAGGGGUCCAAACUGAGCUAUCAGGAGAUAAGGGACUGGUUUGCCAACAGGCAGGGAGAGGACAAGCUUGACAGAGCAGAGCACGUUAGCCAAAGCAGGCGUUCAAGUGAGGAGCAGGGGGACUGGGUGGAGGUGACGGUCGGGGUGGAUGAAGAUGAGGACCGUGUUUCUGACUGCAUGGAAGCAGGGUAUGAAAUGAUUGAAGGCGACUCAGAAGGCAUGACAGGAUAAACUGUUACACGAAGGCGAUUGAAUUUUGACUGCUGUCAGUUGUACAGAACAUCUUCUUUUUGAAGAGGACAGAGAUUAAAAAAAAAAAAAAAAAAAAAGUUAUAUUUUAUAUUUGGAAACAGUGACUGCAUAUGAAUCACAGUUUUGGAGACACAAUGAACUGAGAAUCUGUAGUAGCCACAUUUGAGUGUCAAAGCUGUACUUCUGUGUUGCAACAAAAAGAUUCCUUGUAAAUAUUUUUUUCUGAAUUGCCACAGAUUUGUACAAUUUUGGGAAAUUUUGUUAACGUUUAUAAUUGGUGCAUUGUUUCUGCUGUUAAUUUCAUUUCCAUUUUGUUGUGGUUGAUCAUUUUAGUGGUUUCAGCAUUUUGUAGACAUGGCAACCCCUAUUGGUUUUAGUAGUAUUUUAUUCUAUUUAAACAGAAUAAAUCUAACUUUAAAUAACAAUAAUGGCUGCCAUACCAGCCUGAUGGAUUUCAAAGAGUUAAACAGGUGGUUACUGUAUGAUCUAUGGAUGGGCAUUUCUGUAUAUUUGAGUAAUCCAAUACACAUACUUUACAAUAUAAUACUUUACAUCUGGCUAAACAUAAUGCUUAAAUUAAUACCAAAACUGAUGUAAAAAAUAACAAUCGUGGCACUAUCUGACAAAUCUUCAAUAAGUGCUGUUUUAAACAGGAAGUACAAAUACAAUGCAUAAAGCCCAAUUUAUGCAUACUUGCCAAACAGACAAUAAAGGCAAAAUAAUAAUAUACAGAUUAUAAUGAAUCAAUAAAUGAUGUCUUCAUUGGACAACUAUACAUUUUUUUUUAUAUAUAAAUAAUGCCAUACAGAGUAGACUAAAUAAUUGAAUGUCAUUAAUUAAAUAUCAAGUUCAAUCUCAAGUGCUGAUAGUCCGUGUCUCUAGCGAUCAUGUCAACCAGUAGGUUUGUUAUACUUCCCUUUUUUUGUGCAUUUGGUGGUAAACUCUAAAGGUUAGUUUUGAUUUACCUAUCUUAUUUGCUUUGUAAAAUACCUUUAUUUUUGUAGUCUCUUGUAUUAAUUAAAGACUAAUUAAGUAAAUAUAGUUUUAAUAUGUGCAAUGGUGCAUUCCAACCGCCUCCGUUACCCAUAGCUACAGUAUUUGUAUUGCCCUGUACUUUUCAGGAGCAUCUGUCAGGAGGUUAGCACAAUUUAGCGCCAUUGAAAGAAAUAAUAAUCUAUUUCAUGUUUAUUUAUUUAUUUAUUUAUUUACAGUCACACAUUGGGUUGCAGUUUAGCAUGGUUAAUGGGUCUGUUCAGACCAUUUAGACGUGUUGCAAUACAAGAUUAGUUAGUCAUUUUCUAAACGGUUACCAUUUUCUAGUCGAUUAUUCGAAUAUACAAUUACACAUGCCCAUCCCUAGUAUGGUCCCAAUAGGGAAUAUUUAGUCUUGUGAGAAGCACUUACGUGAGAGAACAAUAAAGGUGGUAGCCCCUGCUAAUCUGGACCAGGGAGCAACGUUGUAAUAAAUGGAUAUUUAAGAGGAUUUCUUUUUUUUUUUUUAUAUAUAUAUAUUUUUUUUUAAAUCAAAGAAACACAAAAUGAGUUAGAGGUAUGUAUUUUAACAACCUACAGUGUAUCCCAUUUCUCUUUUGCAUCUUGUUUCACAGUGUGGGGACACGAUAGCAGUACGUUUACUACAUGUUAGCCUUUUAGGAGAUCCUAGUGUUAGUGCACUUUAUACAGCAGAAAUAGACCAUGCUUCCAGAUUAUUCUUUAUCUUGUGUACAGCUUCUACAAUAGUGUUAUAUGUUCAAAGAAGUUUAUACUGCAAUACUAUGCUGUUCUGGAGAUCACGAUUUUAAGUUUUUUUUUUAAACCAGUUGCCCAUCUGCUGUAAUCCAAUAAACACAAACUAUUCAAA